AUGGAAAACCGAAGAUUUUUUUCACAAAACGUUGCAGAAGAUAUCGUGCAUGACGUACUAAAAAGACUCCCCGUCAAAUCUCUACAGCGAUUUAAGUCUGUAUGCAAACCAUGGUGUUCUCUGAUUUCAAGCUCUGAGUUUGCCAAAGCACGCUAUGACGAAGCCAACGAGCCUAACAGUAUGACCCUUUGGAGAUGCGCCUGCAUUGAGCAAAGUGAUGAAGAAAUAAAUUCCAGUGUCUUCUCCAUCAUAGAUUACAAUGGCUUCAUGCUCGAAGUGAAAUCUCUCGACUUUCCUCCAAGGUAUGAAGGCAUAACACCUGAGAUCUUCGGCUCUUGCAACGAUUUCUUACUUGUUUAUUGUCGUCCUCAUCUUUAUCUGUGGAACCCAUCUUCUGGUACACAUAAUAUGUUUGAAUUAUACUAUCAUAUUGACACGGAUAAUAUACUCAUGUGUGGACUUGGUUAUGAUUCUUCCUCUGAUGAUUACAAGGCUGUUUUUGUAUCUCAUUUAGUAAGUCCACCAGGCUCACCCAACAGUGGUUAUAGUUUUGAAUCUAUCUUUAUCUCUCACUACUCUUUCAGGACCAAUACUUGGAAAGAUAUUGAUUACAGUGAUUUUCCUUACAAUUUUUAUUUUGACACACAAGGGGUUACUUUGAAUGGAGCUCCCCAUUGGGUUCUUCGCCGUGAAGAAUAUGAUAUGGAAGCCUAUUCUAAAUCCGUAACCGUAGUACUGGUUUAUUUUGAUCCGGCUAAAGAAGACUUUUAUGAGCUGCCAUUACGAUGCAUGUUAGAUAAGGAUUCAAAGUUUGAGCUGGGGGUUUUAGGUGGAUGCCUUUCUCUAACAUACGAUCCCAAUGGAAGCCACUUUGAGACUUGGGUAAUGAAGAAAUAUGGGGUGGAAGAAUCUUGGGAAAAAUUGUUUGUCAUUCCCCAUUUUGAGGAGCGUCUGAGGCCAUUGUGUUUCACUAAAAACAAUGAUGUUUUAAUGGAGGUGAUGUGUUUCACCAAAAACAAUGAUGUUUUAAUGGAGGUGAACAGAAAGAAAAUAGUCAUCUAUAAUCUUUUAAACAAUUCUUAUAAAAGAACUGUGAUCUCAAAUAUAGAGUCAGAUGACUCAUAUUAUUCUCGUGGGUUUGAACUUGGUGUAUAUGUGGAGAGUGGUUCUUCCAUAAGAUGA